AUCGCGAAGCUGCCUACACGAACUACGCAUUCCGUGCGAUCGCCGCUGCGGCAGCAACUUGCUUGAUCUCUGCGGUGAGCGGCUGAUCGAGAAGCCGUUGUUAGCCACUGUACCGUUGUGAUGCGCAACAAGCCUUCAUAAUCAUAAGCUGUGGUGCCGCGUGUGCAGCUAAGCCCGCCCGACCAUGGAGAGCACGCUUCGCGAAGUGAUGGCCCGGCUCACCAACCAGCCGUCGGACACCGUACGGCCGGCGUGCAAGAAGUGCGGCUACCCGGGCCACUUCACGUACCAAUGCCGCAACUUCCUCAAGGUGAAUCCAAACAAAGACAUCGUGCUGGACGUGAGUAGCACGAGCUCGGAGGAGGACAGCGACGACGAGCAGUUCGUGUCGCCGUUGACGCAGCUCAACUUGGCGCGGGCGGCUGCCGCCGCGGCAACCGCGCCGUCUUCGUCCGACGCCGGUGCGAGCCGACCACGUCACCGGUCCUCGUCUUCGCAUGAGAAGGUGAAAGAGAAGAAAAAAAAGAAGCACCACCACCGGUCGCGGUCACCCCGUCGGAGAAGCAGCCGCGAGGACCGCGAAGGGCAACGCAAGGGCCGCGACAACUGCCGCAAGAGCAAAAAGAGCGACCGCAAGAAGAGCAAGCACUCCUCCCGUGACGACAAGGAGUCUCGCCACAAGAAGAAGAAAAAAAGAAGUAGCAGCAGCAGCAGCAGCUCCAGCGACUCGUCUACAGACAAUCGUUGAUGCUUGGGUCCAUACUCAUUUGCGACGUGAACUCGCGUUGUGCGUCAGUGAACCUAUCGAUCAGGUUGUCAUAGCAUGUCACGCUGCAGAUCUGCAGAAAUGCAAUGUCUGUAUCCUCCUGCGCUGCCAUUUAAAGCGUAGUAGUGUUCAGAACGAACUUCUGCUUGCAGCCCUUGGCUUUGGGAAAGCUACAGCGUUAUAUAUGUGGCCUAGAGUAUUGCCAGGGGAAGUGAAACACAGUCGAUGGCGGCCAGAUUAAGCAGCCACAGAGUGUGCUCAUGGUAACUAGAGAUUACAAUUAGAAGUGGAUGGGGGGUACCUGCAGUGAACUUGAUGGCGGGAAUAACAAAUGCUUAAAUAGGCUGUACGAUCAUAUAUGAUUACAUAUAUUUAGAAGGCUCGACGCUAAAGCACUAUGGGUUGAAGCUGCCAGUCCAAAAACAAGGUCCUCGUCUUCCUUCUCAUCCUCCGCUGUACAGACGCGCCAUUACUAUAUGUAACCAUCCCUGUACAGACAUUAUUUUUGGCAUAAUGUGAACAAACAGCAUUCAAAAUAUCAACAAGAAUUCGAGGAUGACAAACACUGGCACUGACUCGCCACUAAAGGUUUAUUUUGAAAAAUGACAAUUCUAAAAUGAUGUUUCCUAGUUUUCCUACAUGUUUUGUGCGCUGUGUUCACAUUUUAGAGCCACACCAUCCAGCUAAGCUCUCUAUCAUAAUAAUUUUGGGCACAAAACACAGAAAUCAUUGAGUAGACUGGCUUGGCAGUGCAAGCAGAAGUGGCCUUUUCAUUACUACCAAUGCGACAUUCUGUGGUAACUGAUUGCUGCUUGGAACCAGUUUGUUGCCACUAAGGCUGGCAGAAGCGGAUGCCAGAGAGUGGCAUUAAAUAUUUCUUGUGGGGCAAUUUUUCAUACUUAGGACUGUGCCUUGAUGGUAGCUCAUUUGUAAACAAACAUUACGAGACCUAACAUUUCGAAUGUCAUUUUACACAACACGCAGAGUACAAUCCAUGGGUACACCCAUUCAAAUUUUCAGUGCAUAUUAGCCCCUUCAGGCACUGUGUACACGAUGGUGUAUACUGAGAUACUGUGUAAGGAAUUCUGAUGAAUAUAAUGAUAUUUAAAACAUGCCAGAUCUUGAAACACUUUUAAUUGGAUGUGUGCUGUAAGUUUAAAUAAUGUGUAACAUGUUUUACUGUAAAGGAGUUCGGUGUUCACUCUUAGCUCGGUGUUCACUCUUAGUCUCAGUAUGGCGUUGUGUAGCAGAUUCACUUCUUUCACUGUUUUUCACUUUACAUAGGGUAUUUAUCAGGUGACUGGAUAGGUGCUUUACAAGUGCAUGCUAGGCAGGAAAUAAUUUUAAUACGUGUUAUUCCUGCAGAGAAAGACUUCUCUCAUGCAGCCCGUGUUUUGUGAACUUAAUGGAACUCCUUGGACAAUUGAAAAUUCUUAAUUCGUUCCGCAGCUGCACACUUUUCAGAGUUCUGAAGAUGCAAUAAAUGUAGUGAAACUAAA